ACUACUUCUCUUAAAAAUAUAACCUCAACCAUGUCAAAAUGAGGAAAGUUUAUUAAUUUUUUAUAUAUUUUACAGUUUAUUAUAUUUUGUAUUUGUGUACAUAAUAAUUAUUAAAAUAUGGCUUACACGGGAGUGUUACCUUUCAUACGAGGCGUCGAUUUUACUGGCAAUGAUUUUAGUGAAGAUAAAUUUCCCGAAGCAGUUAGUUCCAUGACGGGAGUACAAUGGUUGAAAUUAGAUCGUACAAAUUUAUCGCAAAUACCACAAGAAAUGGGCAACCUUUUAAAAUUAGAACAUCUUUCAUUGACACGUAAUAAUCUUGAGAAACUUCAUGGCGAACUGACCGAAUUAGGAUGCUUGCGAACUCUAAAUUUGAGACACAAUAAAGUGAAAAAUUCUGGAAUACCAAGUGACUUAUUUCAGUCAGAAGAGUUAAGUACAUUGGAUUUAAGUCAUAAUAAUCUUAAGGAAGUACCCGAAGGUCUUGAUUGGGCAAAAUCACUUUUGGUUUUGAACCUGAGUCAUAAUCACCUCUCAUCAAUUCCUAACACCUUAUUUAUAAAUUUAUCCGACCUGCUGUUUUUGGAUUUAAGUCACAAUAACCUGGAGACCCUUCCGCCGCAAACUCGCCGUUUGGCAAAUUUGCAAACUUUAAUCCUCAAUGACAAUCCGCUCGGUCAAUAUCAACUGCGGCAACUGCCCUCGUUGAUAAAUAUCGAAAAUUUACAACUCCGAAAUACUCAAAGAAAUCUAACCAAUUUUCCUACGAAUGUUGAGGCGCUGGUUAACUUGACUGAAGUGGAUUUGUCUCAAAACUCGCUGCCUAAAAUUCCCGAUUCCUUGUACGCGUUAGCAAAUUUAAAGCGACUAAAUUGUAGUGAGAAUGAAAUUACGGAGUUAUCGGCAGCCUUGGAGCUGUGGCAAAAAUUAGAGACAUUAAACUUGUCUUACAAUAAGCUGAAAAGUCUUCCUUCGUCAGUAUGUAAAUUAUCUAAUCUGAGACGACUUUAUGUAAAUGCAAAUGAGUUGGAUUUCGAAGGAAUUCCAUCGGGUAUAGGCAAACUGAGUAGAUUAGAAAUAUUUUCCGCAUCCCACAAUCAGCUAGAAAUGAUACCUGAGGGUUUGUGCAGGUGCGGAUCGCUGAGGAAACUCAAUCUUAGUUCCAAUCGUUUAAUAACCUUGCCGGAUGCCAUUCAUCUGGUUGGAGAUUUAGAUUUGUUAGAUUUACGAAAUAAUCCCGACUUGAUUAUGCCCCCGAAGCCUGUGGAAAUGUCUCGCGGGGAUGGUUUGGAGUUUUAUAAUAUAGAUUUUUCGCUCCAAAACCAGCUGCGGUUGGCCGGAGCAAAUGUUCCCGCACCGUUACCUGCACAAAAUCCUAGCAAAGAUCCAAUUGCAAGGAAAAUGAGGCUUCGCCGAGGGCGUAGAGAUCAAGAGGAGGCGGAUCAGGACCAAGCUAAAAUUUUAAAGGGCAUGAAAGAUAUAGCGAAAGAUAAACAUCGAAGCAAAGCAGAGGAUGAGGUCAAAGCGGAGUCCUUGAAGCCUAAACGUUGGGACGAAGCGCUAGAAAAGCCGCCCUUGGAUUAUUCGGAAUUUUUCGAAGAUGACGCAGGCCAAUUUGCCGGUUUAACCAUUUGGGAGAUUGAAAAUUUUUUACCCAAUCGUAUCGAUGAGGUUACGCACGGUAAGUUCUACGAGGGCGAUUGUUACAUUGUACUGAAGACGACUGUCGAUGAUUCUGGUUCGUUGGGGUGGGAGAUCUACUUUUGGAUUGGAGGAAAGGCCACGUUGGAUAAAAGGGCGUGUGCCGCAAUACACGCGGUUAAUCUACGAAAUUAUUUGGGGGCCCAGUGCCGUACCAUUCGCGAAGAGCAGCAUGACGAAUCUGAGGAGUUCUUGGGCUUAUUUGACACCCAAAUCACUUACAUUGAGGGUGGUAGAACUUGCAGUGGAUUUUUUACGGUUGAAGAUAUGACUUUCGAAACGCGACUUUAUAGAGUUCACGCAGCGGGUGCCUCAAUCCAUUUAGAACCCGUGCCGAUUUCAAAAGAAUCUUUAGAUAGUCAUUAUGUGUUUGUAUUAGACACAAGCACAAAGAUCUAUUUGUGGUAUGGAAAAUCAGCAAAGAAUACAUUAAAAUCGAAAGCGCGCUUGAUGUCGGAAAAGAUUAAUAAAAACGAGCGUAAAAAUAAGGCCGAAAUUGUUACGGAAUCAAUGGGACAGGAAUCUACCGAAUUUUGGCUCGCGUUACGCGAACAAGAUCCUAGUUCUGUGUUGCCCAUUAAGGAUCAUGUGAAUCCCGAUUUCCAACCAAUUAGUCCAAGAUUGUAUAAGGUACAAUUGGGAAUGGGAUACCUGGAGCUGCCUCAAGUCGAAGUCCCCCACGCAAAACUAGAAUGCACCCUGCUGAAUAGUAAAAAUGUUUAUAUCCUUGAUUGUUACCUGGAUCUAUUUGUGUGGAUCGGCAAGAAAUCGACGCGGUUAAUAAACGCGGCCGCCGUUAAGUUGUCUGAAGAGUUAUUCAAUAUGAUCGACCGUCCGGACUAUGCGCUCGUGACGCGCGUGCGCGAGGGCACCGAGCCGCAAGUGUUUAAAUUGAAAUUCAUCGGAUGGGAUGAGGUAAUUGCGGUAGAUUUUACGCGUACCGCCGAAUCGGUGCAAAAAACGGGCGCCGAUCUAACCAAAUGGGCGCUUCGGCAAGAGGCGAAAACUGACUUGACCGCGUUAUUUAUGCCCCGACAACCUCCAAUGCCGUUGGCUGAGGCACAACAACUGAUGGAAGAUUGGAAUGAAGACUUAGAGGCGAUGGAAGCUUUCGUGCUGGAGGGCAAGAAGUUUAUUAGAUUACCCGAGGAGGAGUUAGGACAUUUUUACUCAAUGGACUGUUACGUGUUCCUAUGCCGCUAUUGGAUACCGGCCGAUGAUACGGAAGAGGGGGAACCUUUAGAGGAAGAUUUUCAAUGCGUCGUAUACUUUUGGCAAGGGCGCGAAGCUUCGAAUAUGGGAUGGCUCACUUUUACAUUCACUUUGCAAAAGAAAUUCCAAGUUUUAUUUAGAGAUAAGCUCGAAGUUGUUCGCACCCAUCAGCAGCAGGAAAACAUGAAAUUCAUGGCACAUUUCAAACGAAAGCUAAUCAUCCAUCAGGGUAAAAGGAAACAAACGAACAAAAAUGCGGUCGAAUUUUAUCAUCUGCGUUCGAACGGAAGCGCUUUGUACAGUCGACUUCUGCAAAUUAAACCGGAUGCUGCCGCUCUUAAUUCCCAGUUUUGUUACAUCUUGAACGUUCCCUUUGAUCAAGAAGACGAUUCGGGAAUUGUGUACGUCUGGGUUGGAUCAAAGGCCGAUCCCGAUGAAGCGCAUUUAAUACAGGAUAUCGCGGAGGAGAUGUUCAACAGCCCGUGGGUGAGCCUGCAAGUUCUCGCCGAGGGCGAAGAACCCGAUAACUUUUUUUGGGUCGGGCUCGGUGGGAAGAAACCGUACGAAACGGACGCCGGUUUUAUGGAGCACACCCGGUUGUUUAGAUGUUCGAAUGAAAAGGGUUAUUUUAUCGUUUCUGAAAAAUGCUCAGAUUUUUGCCAGGAUGAUCUGGCAGACGACGAUAUAAUGAUCCUAGACAAUGGUGAACAGGUAUUUUUAUGGCUCGGAGCGAAAUGCAGCGAAGUGGAAAUUAAAUUAGCGUAUAAAUCCGCUCAUGUAUAUAUCCAACAUAUGAGAGUUAAGCAGCCCGAUCGACCUAGGAAGUUAUGUCUUACUUUAAAAAAUAAAGAGUCCAAACGUUUUACAAAAUGCUUCCAUGGUUGGGGUUCCCAUAAGAAACCUCCCGAAUAAAACAUCUACAAAUUGUAUCAACGAAAGUAUUUAUUGUCCAUGUUGUUACAUCAGGUUUGACUAGGGUUGUUGCAACAGUUUUAUAUUACAUUUGACGUUUGAAUUAUUUCAAAAGUAUACAUUAUAAUAGUGAUAUACUGACUACAGUCAAGUACUUAAUUGAGAAAAUUUUCUCAUCACCAUUUAUUUU